CCCCCUCCUCCGGCCUAUAAGGGUGUCCCUGUCCACCUCAACAGCCAGUCCAUCCUGAGCACCCACACCAUGCUGGGCGUCACCGUCCUCGCUGCGCUCCUGGCCUGCGCCUCCAGCUGCGGGGUGCCCAGCUUCCUGCCCAACCUGUCAGCCCGGGUGGUGGGAGGAGAUGACGCCAGACCCCACAGCUGGCCCUGGCAGAUCUCCCUCCAGUACCUCAAGGAUGACACGUGGAGGCACACAUGUGGCGGCACCUUGAUUGCCAGCAAUUUCGUCCUCACCGCUGCCCACUGCAUCAGCAACUCCCUGACCUACCGCGUGGCCCUGGGCAAGAACAACCUGGAGGUGGAAGAUGAGGAAGGCUCCGUGUUUGUGAACGUGGACACCAUCCACGUCCACGAGAAGUGGAACUCCUUCCUGGUGCGCAACGACAUCGCCCUGAUCAAACUGGCAGAGCACGUGGAGCUGAGUGACACCAUCCAGGUGGCCUGUCUGCCGGAGGAGGGCUCCUUGCUGCCCCAGGACUACCCCUGCUACGUCACUGGCUGGGGCCGACUCUGGACCAACGGCCCCAUCGCCGACGCGCUGCAGCAGGGCCUGCAGCCCGUGGUGGAUCACGCCACCUGCACCCAGAGAGACUGGUGGGGCACCAUGGUGAAGGACACGAUGGUGUGCGCUGGGGGCGACGGUGUCAUCUCAGCCUGCAACGGGGACUCUGGUGGCCCGCUGAACUGCCAGGCUGAGAACGGCUCCUGGGAGGUGCGUGGCAUUGUCAGCUUUGGCUCUGGGCUGGGCUGCAACACCCUGAAGAAGCCCACAGUCUUCACCCGCGUGUCCGCCUACAUCGACUGGAUCAACCAGAAAAUGCAGCUGUGAUUCGUCCUUGGAAGCCACACAGCAAAUUCAACAGCAAUAAACCUCCUUCCCCAUUAA